UUCAAACACUAUUUUUUAAGCUCAAAAGAUCAUGUUCUUGACUCAAAGAGCAGACCCUUUGAACCUAAUUUACAAAGAGCAAUAUAUAUUUUAUUGAAUAACCUAGCAAUUUUCCCUUUCCACACCUUUCCUUCUUCUAUAUAAAGGGCAACCAGAUUCAUCCUUCACUUACACUUUUUAAAGUCACCUACUUAAAACGUAACCAAGCUAAGAGAAAGCCAGAAUUAUGGAGCAAGAGAAGAAGCUAGUUGAUGAGGUGUCGGGUUGGGUAAGAGCCUAUGACGAUGGCUCAGUCGAUCGGACGUGGACAGGUCCCCCUGAGGUGAAGUUCAUGACGGAAGCAGUGCCACCCCAUGAAGAAUUCAUUGAAGGUGUAGCCACUCGUGAUGUAACUAUUGAUUCUGAUUCAAGCCUCAGAGUUCGGAUCUAUCUACCGGAGCAAAGUCUCACCACCAAAACCAAGUUGCCUAUCAUACUUCAUUUCCAUGGGGGUGGUUUUUGCAUCAGCCAAGCUGACUGGUAUAUGCAUUAUAUCAUUUACACUAGGUUGGCAAGGUCUGUUCCAGCCAUUUGCGUGUCAGUUUACCUCAGGCUUGCACCAGAGAACAAGCUUCCAGCUGCUUGUGAUGAUGGCUACGCUACUCUCCUCUGGCUCAAGUCGUUGGCCAAAGGUGAGUCACAUGAGCCCUGGCUCAAUGAUCAUGUAGAUUUCAACCGCGUUUUUCUUAUUGGGGAUAGCUCAGGAGGGAACAUAAUGCAUCAAGUGGCUGCUCGCGCUGGGAACUUGGAUUUGAGCCCAUUAAGGCUAGCAGGUGGGAUCCCAAUCCACCCGGGUUUUGUUAGGGCGGAGCGGAGCAAGUCGGAGUUGGAGCAACCCGAAUCACCUUUCUUAACCCUAGACAUGGUGGACAAGUUUUUGGCCCUGGCUUUGCCUGUUGGAAGCACCAAGGACCAUCCGAUCACUUGCCCAAUGGGGCUUGCAGCUCCAGCCAUGAAGGGUCUAAAUCUGCCACCAUUUUUGUUUUGCGUUGUUGAGAAGGACUUGAUAAAGGAUACAGAAAUGGAAUACUAUGAGGCAAUGAAAAGCCAAAAACACAAGUUUGGUAAAUCAUCUUUAUCAGUCAAAUCAUUUGUGGUUAUCAAUUUACUUUGGAGGCACUUUUUUCUACUCAUGGGAUUCUACAGGUCUUCCAUGUACUGUCUUUAAAUGAUUAUUAAUAAAAUUUUUAUGAUUGGUUUAGGAAAAAAAUUACCUUGUAACAUCCAAUAAACGAAGUUCGUAAUGAAAUGAAAUUGGAAAUUGCGUUCUUGCCUA